AUGUCACCUCAGCUGAGAUAUGUCCGCAUGGACAUGGACGAUCUCGCUUGGGAAAGAAACGACAACGACCUUGAGGAAUGGGAACGAUCCUUGAACAAAGCCACUAUCUAUCGUGGCAUCGCGAACUUCAUCCUCAAGUAUCGCCCCGGGAAGGCUGUGGAGCUACACAGACCCAUCAAGGGUGGCUAUAAUGUCUUCUAUCGAUUAGAGUACGCGGAUGGUACCUCUGCUGCCAUCAGAAUUCCAAGCCCAGCAACCAAGUUCCCAGACGAAAAGGUUCGCUAUGAAGUAGCAACAAUGAGAUAUGUCGCCGCCAAUACCACCAUUCCUGUACCCAGGAUAUAUCACUGGGGGACGGCAGAAGAGAAUCCGUUGGGCCUCGGACCAUUCAUGAUAAUGGAGUUUAUUGAGCAUGAGACAACUCUGUCUCACGCUCUCAAUGAUCCAACACUAGAACCGACGGAUUCCCACUCACUUGAUCCCCACAUCAGCAUCGAGAAGCUUGAGUUUCUAUACCGUCAAAUGGCAAAUACCCGUCUCCAACUCUCAUCCCUCUCUUUCCCAAGAAUCGGUUCCCUAGUUGAAGAUGAAGAGGGGAAUAUGUCUAUAUGUGGAAGGCCACUUUUGCAGAAUAUGAACUCCAUCCUCGAUCUCACCGGCUCACCGUCAAGUCUGCUACCUGUUAAAGAUCAACCUUUCGCCACAUCAACCGAGUGGUAUUCAGCCAUGGCCGACAUGAAUCUAAUACAGCUGGCGUUUCAACAAAACAAUGCUGUUGAAGAUGAGGAUGACGCUCGCGAUAAGUAUGUUGCUCGCCAGCUAUUCCGGAACCUUGCCUCAGAAGGACGACUGGAAGCCAGAUCAAGCAAAGAGGGCGGAAACAACUUCCGACUCUUUUCUGAAGACCUACGACCUUCCAACGUCUUGAUCGACAAGGACCUCAAAGUCGUCGGCGUUAUCGACUGGGAAUUUGCUUAUGCAGCCCCAGCGGAAUUCGCCUUUGACCCUCCCUGGUGGCUUCUCUUAAAAUACCCGGAGUACUGGCCAGGUGGAUACGAGAGCUGGAUGAAAGCAUGUGAGCCUCGCUUUAGAACCUUUAUUUCUGUCCUGCAGGAUGAGGAGAGAAAACUCCAGUCAGACAGAGAUAUCGAAGAUGGUCUGGAAAACCUACAAAUCUCCAAAAACGAGACUUUCUCACUUUCACAGCAGAUGAAGGAGAGCUGGGAAAGCAGAGAGUGGAUGAUUCGGUACGUAGCUAGAAAUAGCUGGGCCUUCGACUUUGUCUUCUGGAGAUAUUUGGAUCCUAUGUUCUUUGGGGAUAAUGAUGAUGGUGAUUAUCGGGCGAGAUUGUGCAACCUGAGUCAGAAGCAACAAGAUGCUCUGGAGCCUUUUGUUCAGUUCAAAAUCGCCCAGGAGAAGGAAAGGAAACUGGUGCAGUGGGGUGACGAAGAUGCCAAGAGAGAACUUUGCAAGAUUAUGGUAUUAGGAGAGUGA